AUGUCACUCUUGGAGCGAGAACAAGGGGCAGCGAAAAAGGACCGCUCGAGGGCGAAACGACUGAUCUUCCUAGAUCCCUACACCCACGUGAGGAACUGCGUAUUCGUGAUCGAUGCAUACCUUCGUCGGCUGAACGGGUUUAUAAAGCUUCUAAAAUGGUUAGCCCUGGUGGAGAGGCACCAGGCACGCGCCGAGAAGACGCUGGCGCGGGCAGCUAAUGGACGGAGCCAUAAGGAUACUCAGGGGGGAAGUUUCACCCCUGCUCAGCAGGGCAGUCUCACCGAUGAUGGGACUCAGUCCGUAUGUGGAAGGAUUGGCGGUGAAGCGGCUCUUCCCACGCGGUGCGACACCACAAGAAGGAGAUCCCACCCAACUGAUCUCAUACUUGACCUUGUAACGACUCACCUUGGAUUGGUGGGGAUCCAGUCUAGUGCAUCACAGGAACUCUCUAUGAAGCGACUUAAGCUAAUAAGGAAGAAUAUAAAAUUGAAACAGAUUUACAUUGAGCUCAUUUGUAGGCAGAUAAACAGAGAGUAUGUGUCUUUAUUGCAAGACUUGCAACGUAUACUGGUGAAGGUCCACUCAGUUCGAUGGCGGGGUGAACUUGAUGAAGAGGAAACUACGGAAGCCCACUGCAAAGACAAACAGGGAGGCUCCCAUCACACCAUCGCCGAUGUCCACGCCAGUGUACUUUUUUCCUUCAAAUUGAGGGUCGAAGCGGUGUUGAAUUUUGUAUGCAACUUGUGCAGGCGCCUAAAUGAGGAAGUAAGCCGGGGGCUACUUAACCUCUGCGGCGAUCUGCUGCGCCGAUACGAAGUCUAUUCCCGUCGCCUCAGAAAAAGGAGGAACUACCUCGCGGGGAAGCUAAAGGGAAUGUGUGCUCCUUCAAUUGGCUACUUGAGGGAGGCAAAUGAAGAACCGCUGACUCGGGACAGUAAAAGGGACGGAUCCGUAGGGAUGGAUAUCGUCUCAGGGGGGGAAGACAUACACCUGCAUGGAGAUAAUUCUGUGAGUCUUCCCCCCCACAAGGUUAACCUUCCCAGCAGUGGACGCAUCAUCAGAGGGACCUCCCCAAUGGAUGCAUUCCCCCUCGGUGCAGAGAAUAGCCACACGAGUGUAACCCAUCCAGGUCAUUCGAAUAAUCAGGACAUCGUUGUCAUUUUUGAAGGGGAGAAAGAUAUUUUCCAUUUUAUUCAAGAGGACUCCCGCGAGAAACAUCCCAGUGGAACCUCCAUGGAGGAAGAAGAAACUGUCGAUGAGAGCUUCGACGACGUGGUGAAGUUUCUCCUCAGGAGGAAGAAGCAUCAUAUCAGUCAGGUCUGCAGAACCUACCGCCAACUGAGAAGACGCCUCCGCACGUUACACAAACACACGAUGGUGAAGCUGGACACACAAAGCAGUCAGCUGACUUCGCACCUGAUGGAGUGCCUCGACGGUGUUAUUCAGUUUACCUCCUCAUUCUACGACACUUUAAAACGUAUCAUGCGUAAUUGGCAGCUAUCCAGGGACCAGAACAAAAAGAAAAAUGUCCUCAUCGAACUGUACGUGGUGUGCAUUUCGCAAACGGAAAGGAGCCACUGUCAGGUGGAGAAGUGGAAGAGGCAAGUGACCCGCUUGGCCGAGGCUUUCCGCCGGGUUGACUUUUUGCCCUCAUUCAUGUCCCACUUGAGCGCCCACCUCGGGGCAGAGAACAUAAGUUCCAUGCGUCCCACCGGAAAAUUCGCCACCGCUGCGAGGAAAGGACAUCACAGCCGCAUGAACAGCCGAUCGGCAGCCAUAACAUACAGGUGGAGAGAUUACCUACAAAUUCAAUCUGAUCUGGAUCCUCUGGAGGACUAUAAACAGGAACAGACGAAUCAGGAGAUCCUCACGAUGAUGGAAAUUGUAGCCCUUCCCUACGACAUGUUUUUUAGAGACAUAGGUGAAGGAAGCGGAAGCCAAACCGACUCAAACAAGAGGUUCCACUUAGAGAUGAAGAAAUUCUGUGCAACGUACAGAUACCCAGACGAUGGAGACGACGGGAAGGAACACCCAACGGAGGAAAUAAAAAGAAAGUGCACCAUCGGAGAACCCCAAGCGGAUCAGAAAAUCGCGAACCUUUUGAGCAACCCCCAUUUUUUUGAAGCCAGGCGGAGGGGCCCUUCCGAAGGGGAGCCACCGGAUGGAAGCAGCCUCACCGACUCCAGGGUGGGGCGGUCAACAGGGCAAGCCAGUGACCAACCGGUGAAUCACCAACGGGCUGACGCACUGGAUGACAAUCUGGAUGACCGCUCUCCUAACCAAGGGACUACCCCCCAACCCGACAUGCUCGUCCAAAGAGCGCGCAUCCUCCUGAGCGACUCACUGAGAAAGAUUAAUUGUCUAGGAAAUGUGGGCGACGAACUCUCCUUUGGCCACUGCUCAAAAGAGGGAAGUUCCUCUCAUGACCUUAUUAAUGAUAAGAACAUGCCGCCUGGGACAGUCAGCACAGAAGAGAAGGAUUUGAGAGACCCUGUGUGGUUAGGCACUUUCCGGGAUGAUGUUGGUCGUUCCGAAGAAGGGGUAGCAGCGGUAGGACAAGAAGUGGGAGGAAUGGAAAGAGUAGCCGUAGUAGUGGCGGGCGAAGUAGACGUGGUGAAAGCAGACGUGGGAGAAGACACUGCCGCACCGAAAGCCGACGACGCCGAUGCAGAUGGUGCGCUCCCCAUAGAAGAGCAGAGCUCCAAAUCGUACGACGGAUGCAGCGAAUUCUCAUUUGACAGCGUGAAUGAGGGCGUGCUGGACUACAUUAAAAAAACGUAUGACAAAAGGAGGAGGUGGAAGCUUAGGGCGAGAAGGAAGGGGGGGAAAAAAGCAGCAGAGGGGGAAGCGGCGGAGGAGGAAGCGGUGGAGAAGGAAGCGGUGGAGAAGGAAGCGGUGGAGAAGGAAGUGCCAGAGGGGGAAGCAGUAGAGGGGGAAGCGACGGAGAAGGAAGUGACGGAGAAAGACGGCUCUAACGAAGAGGCCCCGAACCAUGAUGUUGCAAACAGAGGUGAUAAAAAAGGAGACACCCCUAACGGAGCUGCAAACCGAGGAGAUGCCGACCUUGGCCCCUUCCUGUCCGAAGAGAACUACACCUACACGGUGUCCGACAAGGACCACUUAGAUGCAAUCGCCCGCAGCUCCAUCAAAACGUACAACUGUGCCCUCAUGAAGAAAAUCCUCCUUCAGGGAAAGAUAUUUAUCACGCACGACAGUGUCUACUUCAUGUCCCUCUUCGAUUCGCUUUUCUCAAAAAUAUCCAUCGUUCGCAUUCCCUACGAAUGCAUAGAAGACGUACAGAAGAUAAGCGUCUUUAACUUCAUUCGAAAUGCUCUGAAGAUUAUGGCGAAAAAUAAGUCAUUCCUGUUUACGUCCUUUGUACACAGGGAUCACGCAUACGAUAUUAUCAUGGACAUGGUGCGUGAUAACAGGCUGGCCGGGGAGAUCCCCAAGAAGGGCGUCGUUCUCUACAACGAUGAAGAGAACUCAGAAGAGGAGGAGGCGGAGGAGGAAGAGACCGACGAAGAAGAUGCAGAUGAGGAGGAGGAGGAGGAAUGGGGUGAAGAAGGAAACGAAUCGACGAAAGAGCCAAGCCAAGGGGAAGGACCCGCCGGUCAAGGCCAACCAAAUCGGAAGAGGAAGAAGAAGAAACGUCCCCAUCGGUGGAGGGAAUCGAAGAGUUCGAAGAAGCAGCAUGACAAGUCCGUCAUUUACAACAUCCUGCCUACGCAGGACGACCUCCUAAUGAACGGCCAGUCGCAGCAGGCCGAAGGGCUGGCCGAAGAGAGAACUGACGAAGAGGAAAACACAGAAAGAACCAGACCUCCACACAAAGGGGAAAAGAAAAAUAUAGUCAUACAGAUCAGAAGCGAGAUUAUCCAACCAAACAUCUCAGACAAGGAGGAAGAACUGCUGAAACAAAACAACUUUAUCAAAUGCGACUACCACACUGAUAGUCUACACGUAAAUGAAGAUUUCAAAAACAUAUUUUUCGACAUCUUCUCCCAAUUCGAUGAUAAGAACCCGUUUGUGAGAAAUGUUCAGGACAAGAACCCGAGCAAUUUAAGUUAUGAGCACUUGAACACUCUGAAUGGAGAGCUACAGAGCAAGGGACACCUUUCGUACGAAUCCGUUUACAAUAUAUCCCUGUUUGAUGAUGACAAGAGAGUGUUUGGCAUGCCUGCACGAUCCGACGUGAAGGAAAAUUUAUCUUUUUUUUUUCUCCAGAAUGUCAUUUUAAUACAAAAGUACGUUGUCCUUCUGUGCAAUGUUCCACUAGCAGGGUGCUUCCGUACAGUCAUCACCGUCACGCUGUACAAUGUGCUCCCUGAACCCGAAACGGACAACAUGACAACUUCGAACAUGGGAACCUCCAACGGGGAGACCCCCUGCACACACAUCGACUUUUCCUACGACAUCGAAUUUGUGAAGAACACUUUUUUCAAGUACCAAAUAAAAAACAACGCCCUACCUGAGCUCGAAAUCGCCGUCAACCAUCUGAAGACGUACACACAGGAAGCGAUUGAACGUAGGUAUAAACUGGCCGACGCAACAAAUAGGGAUAAUCACAAGCAGAAUGACGACUACACCUUUGUAAAGGACUACCUCGAAAUAAUGACCUUUGGUGAAGAGAGAACUUUCGAAAAUGCCAGCAUUAGAGGUCACGCGGAAACGGUUGUUCAGUCGACUGACGGCGCUUCUUCGGCAGAGCCAUCGCACACUGCGGCAUGGCCCAGCGGGAAGAGGUACUUCAAGGCCGAGUUUAAUCCCCUGUUGCAGAGUGUGCGCCACAGACUGGGUAAGGCAUUCUCUGCAACGCAGUGUGAAAGCGGGAUCGUAACGCGCAUGUCCGUUUAUGCAUCUCGAUUCACCCUAUUUAUUCUCUCAUUUAUUGGUCUCUUUUCCUCCCUCGACCCCCAGCCGCACUUGUUUGGGGAUUCCUGA